AUGACUGAAAUAGAAGAAAACAUAUUUAAAAAUACUAGAUCAAUAACAAAUCCAAAUGAAACUCCAAAUAGAAUAGAAUUUAACUUUAAGGAAAAAUCUGGAAAAAAAUGGAAAAAAUUUAGGUUACAGAUUGAAUUUGUUAUAACAGAAAACAUCACCACAGGAAAUGACAACAUAGAAGAAAAAUGGAACCUUUUCAGAAAUGUUUUAAUUCAAAAAAACAAUAAAAAAAUAGUCAUUCAAAGUCUUUUGAACAGAAAAAGACCAAGAAUAUUAACAGACAGUUUAACAAGAACAACUAAUAGACAAGUUAAAAUAUUAACAGAUUCAGAAGAAAUAAAACAGGAAGUUAAAAAUGUAUUCAGUCACUGUAUCACUUCAAAAAAUAUAGAAGACCUAAAUCAAAAACAAGAAUGGAAACAAAUUUAUAAUCAAAAAAAUAGAAUACAAGAGGAAUGGUACUUCCUACUAACUAAAAAAUUUGCAGUUGAAGAAAUAGAGGGAAUCAUUAGAAAAUUAUCAAACAAAAAAGCACCAGGCCCAUUUACAAUUACCAAUGAAUUAUGGAAACAUAUAGCUAAAACUAAAGAUUGA